AUGAAGAUUGAGGGUCGAACCUUCAUCAUCUCCGGCGGCGCCUCCGGCCUAGGCCAAGCCUGCGUUGAGGAGUUGAUCAAAGCGGGCGGCCAUGUCUCCAUCCUCGACAUGAACGAGGAGAACGGCACUCAACUCGCCACCCAACUCGGCCGCCGCGCCAAGUUCUUUCCCUGCAACGUGCUCGAGACAUCCAGCAUCGCCUCUGCCGUCUCGGGAACUGUGUCAUGGUCACAGCAAACGUGCGCACCUCUCGGCGGCGUGGUUUCCGCCGCCGGCGUCACCACGCCCGCAACCAUGCUCAAUCGCCAUGGGCAAGCUAUGGAUCUGGAUAACUUUGACUUCGUCAUCAACGUCAAUCUGCGGGGCACUAUUGAUCUCGUUCGCCAGGCCCUUGUGCACUUGGCCCAAACUCCGCCAACGGAUGACGACCAGGAGCGCGGCGUGGUCAUCAUGGUCGCCUCGUCGGCAGCGUUCGAUGGCCAAAAGGGACAGGUCUCAUACUCUGCAUCCAAGGGAGCUGUCGCGGCUAUGACAUUGCCCAUGACACGAGAUCUGGCACGGUAUGGGAUCCGCGUUGUCACCAUUGCGCCCAGUCUGUUCGACAGUCGCAUGACGAGCAUGAUGAGUGCAAAGGUCCGCACCAGCUUGGAGUCUGCUAUCGAGUUCCCCAGGCGGCCUGGGAAGCCCGAGGAGUUUGCCGCAAUGGCUAGGCAUGCGAUCGAGAAUGUAAUGCUGAAUGGGACAGUGAUCAGGCUGGAUGGUGGGAUGAGGAUGCCCAGCAAGAUGUAG